ACCGAUUUGCAUAGUCAAAAGCAAAAUGGCUACGUUAAUAAGAAGCAAGCUUUCUAAUAAGCUGUCCAAUGCCGCUACCUCGGUCUCCAACAAAUCCCAGGCGAAGGUGAGCGGGAUGUUCGCCAGGAUGGGCUUCCAAGCCGCCACGGACGAGGAGGGUUUGGGCUUCGCCGCCUGCGAUGACCUGGAUUAUGACCAUAGACAGGGGAUGCAAAUGGACAUUUUAACAAACGAUGAGGCAGGAGCCGGAGCAGGGAGCGGACCGACAGGCACAGGGGAGGGGGGGUUGGAUGGCGACAGCCACUACCAGAGAGAUGGAACCGGUCUGCCGCCCUCAGGCUCCAAAGACGCAAGUCUGGCAGAAGAAGAUAAACCAAAAAUUACCGCAUGGGAGGCCGGCUGGAACGUGACAAAUGCCAUCCAGGGGAUGUUUGUGCUUGGCUUACCCUACGCCAUCCUGCACGGAGGAUAUCUCGGACUAUUUCUUAUCAUUUUCGCCGCCGUGGUGUGCUGCUACACAGGCAAAAUCCUCAUUGCCUGCCUGUACGAAGAGAACGAGGAUGGGCAGCUGGUACGUGUCAGGGACUCGUACGUGGACAUUGCCAACGCCUGCUGCGCGCCCAGAUUCCCUUCUUUGGGCGGUCACAUCGUGAAUGUAGCCCAGAUCAUAGAGCUGGUGAUGACCUGCAUCCUCUACGUGGUGGUCAGCGGUAACCUCAUGGAGAACAGCUUCCCCACCAUGCCCGUCUCCCAGAAGUCCUGGGCCAUCAUCGCGACCGUGGCCCUCCUUCCCUGCGCCUUUCUCAAGAACCUGAAGGCCGUCUCCAAGUUCAGCCUGCUGUGCACGAUGGCCCACUUCGUUAUCAACGUCCUGGUGAUCGCCUACUGCCUCUCCAGGGCCAGGGACUGGGCGUGGGACAAAGUCAAGUUCUACAUCGACGUCAAGAAGUUCCCCAUCUCCAUCGGCAUCAUCGUGUUCAGCUACACCUCUCAGAUCUUCCUGCCUUCUCUCGAGGGGAACAUGAACAAGCCCAGCGAGUUCCACUGCAUGAUGAACUGGACCCAUAUCGCCGCCUGCAUCCUCAAGGGCCUGUUCGCCCUGGUGGCCUACCUGACCUGGGCGGACGCGACCAAGGAGGUCAUCACAGACAACCUGCCGUCCACCAUCCGAGCCGUCGUCAAUCUUUUCCUGGUAGCCAAAGCCUUGCUGUCCUAUCCAUUGCCGUUUUUCGCAGCCGUAGAGGUUUUGGAAAAAAGCUUUUUCGGUGACGGAGGACGGGCGUUUCCAGAUUGCUACGGGGCCGAUGGACGCCUGAAGUCUUGGGGUCUCACUCUUCGAUGCACCCUGGUUGUGUUUACGUUGCUGAUGGCCAUUUAUGUCCCACAUUUCGCUCUCCUCAUGGGGCUCACUGGAAGUCUCACGGGCGCUGGGCUGUGCUUUCUACUGCCCAGCCUCUUCCACCUCAAGCUUUUAUGGAGAAAGCUCUUGUGGCACCACGUGUUCUUCGAUGUCGCCAUCUUUGUAAUAGGGGGUAUAUGCAGUGUAUCUGGUUUCAUUCAUUCGAUGGAGGGCCUCAUAGAAGCGUACAGGUACAACAUAGAAGAGUAG